AUGAUUUUGGGGAUGAGGGGGGCAUGUGGAGCCAACUGUUGGGCCAGGCAAGUUUCUUCGCUGAAUCCAAAGUUGGGGAGUCUUCUUGUGAACAUGUUCUCCGUAUUUUGCAUUGUGGCGCUCGGGCUGAUGUCUGCUGCGCGCGGCAGAGAUUUGCAAGAGGGAGAAAACCUGUCAGGUUUGAAGAGGCUGCAGAGGGAGUUUGGCAGGGAUGAGGAGCCACAUAGUUUAGAGAGGUCCGACCUCUCGAAACGCAGCGCUGGACUGAAUGGACAGACAUGUACAGCUCUGCAUGGAGUAGAGUCAACCCUGCAAAACAACACCCAUACUUUCACCUUCAAAGUGAGGACCAUGGGUUCACUGUCGCUGGCCUGGGUGGGAGAUGGAUCAGGGGUGCUGCUGGUGUUGACAACAUUUCAGGUGCCGUUGUUCAUGAUGCGCUUCGGUCAGUCUAACCUCUACAGGAGUGAAGACUACGGGAAAACCUUUAAAGAUGUGACUCACCUGAUCAACCACACCUUCAUCCAGACUGAGUUUGGCAUCGCCAUCAGCCCUGACCACUCUGGGAAGGUGAUCCUGACUGGUGAUGUGUCAGAAAUGGGGGGGUUUCGACUGUUUCGCUCUCAGGACUUCGGCCUCACAUUUGUUCCAACCGAUCUGCCCUUUGAGCCCCUCAUUCAGAUGCUGUACAACCCAGGAGACAGCAACGCACUUCUGACACUCAGUAUCACGUUGGACCUGUGGCUGUCUGAGGACUUUGGCGCCACCUGGAGGAAGAUCCAUGACAGUGUGUGUCUGGUCAGAUGGGGUCCUAAGAACAGCAUCUAUUUUACAACAAACUACAAUGGAUCAUGCAAUGAUAAAGGAAUGUUAGAGUUAAGGAAAACAGCGGACUAUGGUCGAAGUUUCCAGACCAUUGCGACAAGAGUUUACUCCUUUGUAUUGGGAGGAAGAUUUGUAUUUGCUUCUAUCAUGACUGGCACGGGAACAGAGCGUAUGAUCCAUGUGUCAGUGGACGGAGGUGAAGUGUGGAACAUGGCUCAGCUUCCUACAGUCAACCACGAGCAGUUCUACUCCAUCCUGGCAGCCAAUCAGGACAUGAUCUUCAUGCAUGUGGACGACCCCGGAGACUCCGGGGUUGGAACCAUCUAUGUGUCAGAUGACAGAGGAACCGUAUUCUCUAAGUCUCUGGAGCGCCAUCUCUACACAACCACAGGAAGUGACACCGACUUCACCGUCAUUACUUCACUCAGGGGCGUCUACAUGACCAGUGCACUCACAAAGGAUGGUGCAGUGGAGACAGUGAUCACCUUUGACCAAGGAGCAAGGUGGCAGACACUGCGCAGACCACAGAACAGCCACUGUGACACUGAGACCUCCACCAACAGGCCAAACAGAUGCAGACUUCACAUCCACGCCUCCUACAGCACCACCAUGAAGAUGAACGUCCCCAUGCUGCCUCUCUCACAGCCCAAUGCUGUGGGCCUCAUUCUGGCUCACGGCAGCGUUGGAGAUGCGGAGUCAGCUCUCUCCCCUGACAUGUACGUGUCUGAUGACGGCGGCUACUCGUGGCUGUUGGCCCUCAGGGGCCCUCAUCACUAUGCCAUCCUGGACUCUGGAGGCCUGAUAGUGGCUAUGGAGCACACCAACUCACCUGUCAACCAGAUCAAGUUUUCAACAGAUGAGGGGCAGUGCUGGCACACAUAUAACUUCACCAGCGAUCCACUUCACUUCAGCGGUAUGGACAGUGAGCCCGGCUCUCGCUCCAUGAACGUCAGCCUGUGGGGCUACAGGAACGACUUCAGUAAAUGGGUGGUGAUCACCAUAGACUUCAGGAAGCUCCUCACCAGAGACUGUAAUGAAGGGGACUAUGUGCAGUGGCUGGCUCACUCUGCAGACCCCAGUGGAUCUAAUGACGGCUGUGUGCUGGGCUAUAAAGAGACCUUCUUGCGCCUGAGGAAAGACUCCGUCUGCUGGAAUGGGAGGGGCUAUGGUGCCACCAAGAAGCUGUCCCCCUGUCCAUGUACAGUGGAUGAUUAUCACUGUGACUUUGGAUAUUACCGACCGGAGAACAGCUCGGAGUGUGUGGAGCAGGAGGAGAUGAAGGGCCGUCCUCUGGAGUUCUGUUUAAAUGGGACCACUGAACAACUACAGACCAGUGGCUAUCGGAAGAUUCCAGGAGACCAGUGUGAGGGAGGUUUCCAGCCAGACAGGAAGGAGACCGACCUGAGGAGGAUGUGUACCAGCAACGCCCUUUAUCCAAAUUCUCUGACUGAGACCAGUUCACCGAACGCUGCUGUCAUAGUGAUGGUUGUCAUAGCGGUCCUUCUGACGAGUGCUGUCGCAGGUGUUUGGCUGGUUAAGAAAUACGUCUGUGGAGGACGGUUUCUCGUGCACCGAUACUCUGUAAUGAGGGAACAUGUUGAAGCUAAUAAGAUCGAAGGAGUAGAUGAUGUUGACUCUCACUACAUGGAGACAGGAAAAGCACAGUACAACGAGGAUUCAGAUCAGGACCUCUUAGAAUAAGGCUCCUCAAGACUAAAUGUAACACAGUCUUUCAUGAUGCCUGGGCAUUCCUGUUGCUCCCACAUGCUGAUUAACAUCUGCUUCUCACUUCUCGCUAUCCCCUGGUGGCUGGAGGACUCAGCAAGCAGCGGGGCGACUUCUCAUAUUGUUUCCUUGUACCAGUUGAGGCUCCCACAAAAAGGCAAAAACUGUUGGUUUGGGGAGGGAUAAACCCAGCGCAGAACAGAUGAAAGCCUCUGGGUUCCCUGGAGAGCUUUUGUUGUUUCUGUCACAAAGAGUUCUGUAAAGGCCGCUGAGUCUGAAUAUGUGCUCUGUAUGUUUCCUUUCAUGCUGACCCGAGAAGCGAUGGCCUUCCAUAUCGAGAUGCACUGCAGAACCGCAAUACGACUUGGAUAUAUAGGCUGGAUAUAGGCUGGAUAUAUAGACUUACAGAAUUUUUUUUAUUAAGAGCUAGGGAACAGCCAAGCAACAGAACACAGAAAAUUAUCGCCAGUAUUUUAGCUCAAAGAUGUUGUCUGCUGUCAGUUACGUAGUUUUUGUACUCAAUAGAUUUAAAUGUGCAAGAUACAGUCCUGUUGUGUAUGGUGGGCCAAUUUAACAUUCAUUUUGUCAGUUUCACCAGUCACUAAAUCUAGGCUAAGACAACUCACUAUUCUUGAAUGACUUUUCAUAAACUAGCCGUUUAGAAAUUUGCAGUUUCCACUGUAAUGGUGCAAUUAUGUAAUGGUAAAACCUGACGAGAUUUUAAUAGAAUCCCAUCAGGCACUUUGAUACUAAUCUUUCAAUACACAAAUCGUUUCUUCUUUCUUUUUUUUUUAAACUAAUAACAGUAAUAACUUAAAUAAAGACCAUUCUAUCUUAUUUCACAUCACUUUAACUAUUAAAGUUAGAUAAUAUAUAAUAAUUACAAAUAUUUGAAUAGUCCAAUAUUAUUGUUCUUGUCAACAUUUUAGUUUUUAUCAUUGUAAUUGUUAAAUAGUUUAAAUUGAUGAACAAGUCAGACUAAAAUAUAAUAGUAACCAGAACAUAAAAUAAGUACAAAUACAAGCCGACUGCCAGUGCUUACUUCAGAACACCUUGUAAAUGUUUUAGCUACAAGAAGAAGAAACAAUCAGAUGUUAGGCUGUAGUUUUUAGUGCUAAGUGAAACUUUUGGAAUAAAUGUUGAAAGAGUCUACCAUUAUUGCGAAGUUAUAAAAUGUAAACAGUUUUUUAUACAGUGCAGCUUCAUACAGCCAAUAUGUUAUAUUCCCCUGUAUGUGUGGUGAAAAUGAAAGACUUGAAUUAUUGCCAAAGCACUUUUAUUGUUUAGUUGUCUAAUUUCAGAGGUGAGGUUACAGAGGUGAAAAUUAACCUUAUCCCAGCAUUAUAUGAGUAUGACGGUAACACUAAUGCAAACCCUUUACUUGAACUUUCUGAUGUUUUUAUUUCUCAACUGGAUGCAUCAACAUGUUGCUGUUGUGUUAUUUUUUGUUUUUAUACCAAUACGAAUAUGCAUUUGUCUAAUGAUCUCAAUGCAGGUGCAGGCAUAGUAAUCAAGUAAAGAGCAUACUACCUUUUUUCUUUUACUAAUAUGACAUUAGUAAAACAGUUACAAAAUGCCUUGUCCACAAUCAGCUAAAUAUUAGCAGCGUAAAUGUCGAGAGAAAUAUACUCAUAACUGCUUUUUGAAGCUACUAUUAGGCAGCAUUUGUAGCUUUUUGGUGUAUUGGUGUAUCCAAAAUAAAUAAUCACUCACAGAUGUUGCAAAAUAUCCACAAUACCAGAACAAACUCGUCAGUUAAAUGUAUGUGGUGGCCAUAAAGAACUUUAUUCUGUUCAUUGAAUUAGCUAUAAUUUCCCUUUUUAGAAGAGGUGUUGGCUGGCUACCAUUUCUAUUAUCUGCAAUGUAAGAACUGUAACUUGUGACACGUGCAGGGCUUAUGGCCAAUGCUUGUCUUCUCCAGCAGAGGCAAUAAUAUCCCAGCGAAUAAGCUAUUGUAAUAAGCUGGCCUAAUGUAGAGGCAUAUUCUCAAGGACUGUUGGGUGGAAAAUUCAUAUGCUUGAUGCUUCUUUAUUUACACAACUGUCAGUAAGAACAAACCCAGCUAUGUACUGGAUUCAAUGAUUUAUUUUUGCACUGUAUCUACAGAGCUGUGAAAAAGUUGCAUCUGUUCCUCCUUGUACAUCUGAUUUUUGUAAAGUACUAGGGCCAUGAGUUGUUAUCUUCAUUCCAUUUUUGUUUUCUUCACUGUUUGCUAGGAUAUCAGAGAUGAGUAUCUCUGAAUUAAACUAUUCUGUAGCGCAGAUGUUUUAUAACUGUUUGCAUUUAUUGAAUGAAAUAACAAUAUCUCUUUUACAUCA